CGCUGCGGACGAUUGCACAAGACAAGCGGACUUGCUUGAGGCCCACUAAUUUUGGGCUUUUUUCAAACAUUACUAGUUUGAUCCCUCUGGCUUGAUGAAUUACACUCUCUAUCAUUGAGAAAUGGCGUCGAGCGAACGCUGAGAACCUAACCAAAAACCGUUGAAACUGAAGGCAGCUUCUCUAGCUCUAGGAAGUGCCGAAUAAUUCUUUCGCGCGCCCAUUCGCGAGCUUCCGGAUUUCACCCACCGUCGUCGGAAUCAAUGGCUGAUCCGGAGCUGGAAGCGAUCAGGCAGAGAAGGAUGGCUGAGCUAAUGGCUCAGCGUGGCGGUGGUGGUGGAGCGACUAGUCAGCCGGACCCUGAACAGCAGAAUGCUCAAGAAGAUGCUAAGAGGGAAGCUGACGAGCGUAGGCAGAUGAUGUUGAGUCAGAUAUUGUCUGCUCAAGCUCGAGAAAGAAUUGCCAGAAUUGCACUAGUCAAGCCUGAGAAAGCUAGAGGUGUUGAAGACGUUAUACUUCGAGCGGCUCAAAUGGGUCAGAUAGUUGAGAAGGUGUCGGAGGAGAGGCUGAUUUCACUGCUAGAACAGAUAAACACCCAAACAACGAAACAAACCAAAGUCACGAUCCAGAGACGUCGUAGCGUUCUAGACGAUGAUGACUGAAGUUUGAAGAUCUCGCUGGGUUGUUUCCCAGGAUCCAUGUAUACAGUGUGUUUCCGUGAGUUUGCAGAUACAUGAUCAAUUGCAAGUUGUGAGACAAGUCAUAUCUGUAUUUUGCCAUGCAACAACUACACAUUCUUCAGUCUUCCCAUUUGAUGUAAUGUAUGACGUUAUUUCUAAUGGUAUUUGCAGCCAUGAACGACUUUCAGAUUUUGAUUUUGUGUAUCAGUAAAUUGAUGAUGUUUGUUCUCAUUGCAUUUUUUUUUUACUCAUUGCAUGUUAUUGAUUUGCAGUAUAGUUCAAAAACGUUGUUGGUACACUUGCUACUUUUUCAUUAUCACGCUAUUCGAAAUAAUAGUUGAUAAUAUUUGAAAUAAUAGUUGAUUUUUGAUAAUAUUCACACAACGUAAUAAAUUCUUUCAGUAUUCACAUAAUAUGGUUGACAAUUGACAUGUUCCUCAACAUGAAUAUUAAUAUUGUCUAGAAUGAAUAUCCGAAACAUGUGAUGUGAAUAUUGAAACUAUUUUAUGUGAAUAUAGUAAAUUUUUAUCUUAAAAAAUAUGAUAAUUUUUUAUAUUUAUUUUAUUAGAUUUAGAAUUGUUCAUAGCAAAAUUUAUUUAAAAAAAUGGGUAAUUAAUACAAAUAUUGUAAUUUUUUAAUUUAUCACAAAGAUGGUGGUUUUAAAAGUAUUUACACUAAUAUUGUGUAUUUGUGUAGAUGAAAAAGCGCGUCCGCCCGAGAUUCAGGCGGGAAUGCUUUUUGAUUUUUUUAGUCCAAACAGAGCGUACCCACCCGAGUCAAAGGUGGUGGCGCGCGAGACUCAAGCUGCCCCGCAUUCCCUCUUUUUUUACUCCGCCUUCCACACAUCUCUUAUCUUCGUCUUCCUCCUCUUUUUCAGCAACCACAACCACACCCACCUGCCUUCCUCUUCUCGCACGAUCCGAUCCCAAGCGCCCACGCCUGAGGCAAAGGCGGUCUCGCCACCGCCUCAAGCAGACACGCCGGAGACAGAGGCGGCCACGCCCGAGUCCUAAGUGACCCCGCCAUAUUUUCUUCUUCCUCAUGCUUGCGCCUGGUUUUUUGAUUUGUGGGAAAAGGGAAGGAGAUGUCUGACGACGAGGAAGCCGACAGAGGAAGGGGGAGAGGGCGGCGAGGUCGUGGCGGUGGUGGCCGAUAUGUGAUGAGCAACUCGCUGUCGGAACCGGAUUAUCGCUGGCUACGACUUUUUUUUUAUUGAGUUUUUAUGGUUUGAUUAUUAUUUUUUUGUUUUUUAGUUCCUAGGCUUAUGGACCGUUAUUCCAUGAGACCACCACCUGCGACAAUUGAUCCAGCUCCGAUCGAUUCGGUACUUUUUUGGGGGCAUCGUCAACAUCGUGUCGACUUAUUUUGGGCAAACGAUGUAAGUCUUUCAUAACAACUACUUCUUUAAAGUUCAUUAGCUAUUUAGAUUAGACUAUUAUAGAUUUUUACUUAGUGAACUGAACUGGAAUUAGAAUAGAAUUACGUAUGAAUUUUUUUAAAAUUAGUAUAAGUUUAGAUUAAAUACAGUUUUAGAUUAGAU